AUGGCCGAAGGAAGUGCGAGAGCGACAUCGCAGCCUGACGGGCACCGGAUUACUAUUCGUGCCUCAGCAUUAACAAGAGCAACAAACACAAUUACCUACACAAGCACGGAGCACAGUACCCGGCACAGUACAGCCUUGCUGAAUCAGCCUCGGCUAAGUGUCACUGUCGCGACGGACUUCGGGAAUACGGACGACGCUAGAGCAGCUCCGGAAAGGGCCGGCCAGCAGUGCUCUUCAGACUUCAACAUCAGCAAAAACAGCCGACGGGAUGGGCCUAUCAGCGCGCAGCAUGGUCCCAAGGACGAUGGCACACUAGGGACGACCCUUGAAACCAAGCCAUCGGGAUCUGAGGCGGGCGGCUAUGCCAAAGCGAGGGCGCGAAGAGACAGAAGAGGCGCAAUGGACGGACGAGACGAGACCAGACGGGACCACCAGACGAGACCAGACGAGACGAACGAGAGGGAGGGGGAGAGGGAGAGGGAGAGAGAGAGGCGCGCGGGCACGGUGAAGGGAGGCGCGGCGCGGCGGGGAUCAUCGAUGGAGCAUGUUAUACAUCAGCCUCUCAUCGCCAUCUCACGCUCGACGCCGUUGCGGAGGUUAUUGGCCAUUGUCUCCUCCAUAGCCCUCGACGACUCGAAUGCAGCGCGGAGACGGGCUCUGCCCCGGCGCACCUGA